GUUAUUUUGAUUAAUUAUAGAGAGAUGAUUUUGAUAUUAUUAAAAAUUUAUGAUUCCUAAAGUUGUUGGUUAUGCGGCAUUCUAAUCUUAUGGGGAUUUGCCAUACCCAUCUCUUAAAGCGGGGAAACGUACAUUAGACUCCAAUGAAGUUUGGGAGCAAACUGUUAGAAAUGAAGACAAAGAGAGCUUUUACAAGAAUUCCAACUAUCAUUAUUCGAAUAAAUAAGUGUCUCUGGAUUCAACAGUACAGCCCCCUCAUUAUAAGAAUGUGUAUAAGGCCAAUAAAGCUCAUUUAGAGAGUGCAACUUCUAGCGAUUUUUUCCAAAAAACAGGGAAUUCAGCUAUAACACCAGAGAACCCUCUACUCAAGACUGGUUGCGAACAUUGGAAAUCCACAUAUUAAGCAUCAAUUGUUGAUCCAUAUGCAAAAAAUAGAGCAAUGCCACCUGAAUGGAGUUUGAAUAGACCUCCUUAUGUAGUGGAAACGAAAGUUGGGCCAUCUGAGUAUAAGAAGCAAUAUGGGUAGAUCGGAGAGAAUCCCAGAGAAAGAUUAAAUUAAUUAGAUGAAACUCAUCCGAGAGCAUUUGAUGAAUUGAGAUUGGGAACAUCAUAAGAAGCGUAGCAUGUCCCUGGAUAUACAGGAUUCAUACCCUCGAUUAUAACUAGUUCUAAAGCUAUGGAGCAUGGAAAUGGAACUGAACCAAGAACAGAUUUUAUGAAAACCAAUUUAAAAGAGAAUUAUCAUACAAAAAUUCCAGGAUAUGCAGGACAUGUUCCAAGAUCUGUAGUCAAUUAAAGAGACCAACCACGAUAAUCCUGCUUUAGCAAUUGAUACAGAUUUCAUUUAUUAUUAAUAAUUCAUAUCCACAUAACUAAUAAUU